AUGAAUUGCCCUGGAUCAUUUUUAAUCACCAAAGACAAUUUAAUAAUUGACUUUCUUAUCUCAGUCGAGAGAAAUGCACAACGAGUUAGAAAUUCAAUUACAAGGGCACCUGUUUGGCAUCAUAAUAAUCCCUAUAAUUCUAUCGAAACAUUAAUUAAUCAAAAACAAAAUCUUAUCGCUAAUAGCAACGAAUAUUUGGUUAUUAAAAUAGUUAAAAUUAAAAAAAAAUAUUUAAAUUUAAAGCAUCAACAGCAACAAAUUCUUUCAUUAAAAACUAUUGAAUUUAUUAAUAAAAAUGGGUUUUUUAAGACUAGACCUUUGGCGUUAAUAUUGGAUUUUCUCUUAAUUAUGGAUAUUGGAAAAACAAUGCCUUUCUUUGACAAUUUAGAUUUAUCUGAUAAAAUUUGCCUUAUAACUCAAAUAACUUUGCCGCUCUCAAUUUUAUUAUCAGCUUAUUAUUCUUACACCAAGAAAUAUAAUACAGUAAUUCUGCCAAGUGGGCUUUCAAUGGCUUUCGGUUUCAGUGGCGAAUAUUAUAAAGGAGAUGAAACGUAUAAUUUCCUUAAUAACCUCUCCUCUACUAUAAUUAAUUUUUAUAGAAUAUCCAAACUUUCCAAAAAAGUAUUUACUGAUAGUAUGGAACCAUUCAAUCGAGUACAGCUUACUGAAGAGGAAUAUGUUCUCCUCCGCGCUAUAAUUUUUUGUCAUUCAUUUACUGAUGGACUGAGCAAACAAGGAAGGGAAUUGUUGUUGAAUGAGUCUGAGAAAUAUUCGAAAAUAUUAAUGAAAAUGUUACAGAAUCGACAUGGAGAAAUUCCAGGUGCUAGAAGAUAUGCUGAAUGUGUUCAUUUAGCUGAAAUUUGCCUCUACUAUGGAUACCAGAAUAGCCUUUUCCUUAAUUAUUUGGCUAAUGUAUACGAGCGUGAUCGCUUUCAAAAUGCAAUGCCAGAAGCUUUUGUUAAUAUUUGCCUUAGAAACAGAAUCAAAUAA